UCCCGGGGCCGCGGCGUCUCCUUCCGCUGCCGCCAGCUCCGAGCCGCGAUGAGCUGGGAGCUGCUGCUGGCGCUGCUGGCGCUGUGCGCGCCCCUGCUGCUCGUGGUGCAGCUCGUGCGCUUCCUGCGGGCCGACGGCGACCUGACGCUGCUGUGGGCCGAGUGGCAGGGCCGACGCCCGGAAUGGGAGCUGACCGACAUGGUGGUGUGGGUGACUGGAGCCUCCAGUGGCAUCGGCGAGGAGCUGGCUUACCAGUUGUCCAAACUAGGAGUUUCCCUCGUGCUGUCGGCCAGGAGGGUGCACGAACUAGAAAGGGUGAAAAGAAGAUGCCUCGAGAAUGGCAAUUUAAAAGGAAAAGAUAUACUCGUUCUGCCCUUCGACCUGAUGGACAGAAGUGCCCACAAGGCGGCCACCAAAGCCGUUGUGCAGGAGUUUGGUAAAAUCGACAUCCUGGUGAACAACGGCGGGAGGUCCCAGCGUUCUUUGUGUGUAGACACCAGCCUGGACGUCUUCAAGGAGCUCAUGGAUCUGAACUACCUGGGGACCGUGUCCUUGACAAAGUGUGUCCUGCCGCACAUGAUCGAGAGGAAGCAAGGGAAGAUUGUUACGGUGAACAGCGUGGCCGGGAUCACCUCCGUGCCCCUCUCCAGUGGCUACUGUGCCAGCAAACACGCACUGCGGGGUUUUUUAAAUGCUCUCCGAACUGAACUUGUUGACUACCCAGGUAUAAUAGUUUCUAACAUUUACCCAGGACCCGUUCAGUCAAAUAUUGUGAAGAAUGCCCUAACUGAGGAACUGACCAAGACCAUAGAAAAUGAGGGAGACCAGUCCUACAAGAUGCCAACCAGCCGUUGUGUGCGGCUGAUGUUGAUCAGCAUGGCCAACGACCUGAAAGAAGUGUGGAUUGCGGAUCAGCCAUUUUUGUUCAUGGCAUAUUUGUGGCAGUAUGCACCGACCUGGGCCUGGUGGAUAACCAGCAAGUUAGGGAAGAAAAGGAUUGAGAACUUUAAGAGUGGUGUGGACGCGGAUUCUGCUUAUUUUAGCUCCUCGAAGAAAAAAGCCAACUGAAAGGAGCGCUUGGAUUUUUCGAGGUUCUGGAGGGAAAAGUGGAAAACAUACAAACAGCAGCCAUCUUCUUAGGCACUGAAGACUCAUGUGUGAUUUUAUGUUUUGAUACCACUUUCAACAUAGAAUGAGUAAUAAAUAAAAGACUGCCAGGAAUCUAGGGAAAUGGGUGUUGGCAUGGUACAUUUGCGGAUAAAAGAGCAUUUUUAAAGUACUUGAGCAGGUGUGCUUCAAAAUGUACGUUCAUCGAAAUCCAACCAAUGAAUUACAGUAAUCUGUUUGCUGCAUGUCUUUGUGCUUCUUUAACAACACGUUCGGGAAUUUGUGAACAGUGAACGUCACCGCUCCUAGCGCUGGCAGGGUUGGCGUCAGCGUCUGCUGCCGAGACAAAGCCUUGUAGCUGUGUCCUCCAGAGGGGAGUAGCACUGGCCUCACAUGGGGAACGGGAGCCGGGCAGGGACAGCACGGACCCAGGCAUCUCCUGAAGACGACCUUGCUGCAUCGUCUUAGAACCGUGUUGAAGGAAGCCGUGGGCAUCCCGUGGGGGGGUGCAAGUUCCGCAUGCUCCAGGUCCGAUCCGGUUCCCUGCUCACGUGUCUGGGAAAACAGUGGAGGAUGGCCCAAGUGCUUGGGCUCCUGCAGCCACGUGGGACACCUAGAGGAAGCUGCUGGCUUCCAACUGGCCCCGCUCUAGCCAUUGAAGGCAUGUGGGGAAUGAGCCAGCAGAUAGAGGAUCUCUCUCUCUCUCUGUCUCUCCCUCUCUCUCUCUGUGACUCUGCUUUCAAAUAAAUCUUUAAAAAAAAAAAAAAAAAGGCACCCGAAGAAACAAGACAACAUGAUCAAAUCUAAGAGGGGACAGAGAAACAAGGUCCCACAAAGGACCCAGUUAGUUGAGUUACUCAAACACAGGUUAUUAAAUUACAUUUACUGUAUUUAAAGAUACAAAACACAACACUGCAAGUUUCAGCUGAGAAUUAGAAAGUAUACAGAAGAAUCAACUGACAAGUUUCCAGCUGAAAAAUACAUUAAUCAACUAAAAAUUCAGUGACUCAGUUUGAUACAUACUACACAGAGGUAAAGUAAGAAUUUGUGAACUAGAUGUUCAGCCAGAAAUAAGAAUCUGACUUAGCCCACUCUGCCACACCAGCCUCUCAGAUGCCUUAAUCUGUCCAAUAUUAAAUCUAAAAAAAUUUAGGGAUGGGUGUUUGGUGUAGCAGUUAACAUGCUCCUGGCGAUGCCUGCCUCUCCUGUUGGAGUACCCAAUUUCAAAAUCAAGAAUUGUAAAAAAAACAUGUCAGUCCAUAGUGGAUUUACAUUUGCUGUCUGUUGGCUAGCUGCAAUAGAAAUCCAUUUAUGGAGACUAACAUUCAAACUGCAUAUGUCUUUAUUCACCGUUAACAUUAGGCUAUAUUUCUUGGGGUCCCAAACCUGUGUGUGGCCAAUUGCAUGAGUACCCUCUCCCUUACCUUGGAAAGCCCUCGCUUGUCGUUUUAAUUCCUCUUACUCAGCACUAAGAUUGUCGAGAGUGUUACUUACGUUUUUAGACUCUCAGUCAUCUUUUACUGAGUUGGCCUGUGUUCCCUGAAGGCAGGCAACACAAACCUUGAGCUCAGUUCUCGAAGUUUCAUCCUGCCAUGGAUCUUAGUGACAGAAUUCUUUGCUGCUUCUUGGUUUUCGGAUUCCUUUAAGUAGAUUUUAAAAUAUCACUCUGCCUAGUUUUUCUAGUUCUCCACAGAUGGUUGGUGUGAGUUACCUAUAUACUAUGAAAAGCUGGAAGUAGAAAAGUUAGUUUUAUAGAUAACUCAGUAAGGCCAGUUUUUAAUAAUCAGAUGGAUAUCAGAUAAGGUUCAAUGAAGGAACGGAGUUCCAUGAAACACAUAUGAGUGUAUCUGAACAUAUCCAGUUACUGAUGAUAUAAGGCACCUUUUCAAAAAAUUCAUGGAGGAGCUGGUGCUAUGGCUUAGUAGGUUAGGCUUCUGCAUCCCAUACAGGCACUGGUUCAAGUCUCAGCUGCUCCUCUUUCCAUCCAGCUCUCUGCUGAUAUCCUGGGAAAGCAGUGGAAGAUGGCCCAGGUGCCGAGGCCCAUGUACCCAUGUGGGAAACCUGGAAGAAGCUUCUGGCUCCCGGCUGUGGAUCAGUCCUGCUCCCAUCAUUGCGGCCAUUUGGGGAGUGAACCAGCAGAUGGGAAGACCUUUCUGUAUUUCUCCCUCUCUCUCUAGCUCUGCCUCUCAAAUAAGUUGGUAAAUCUUUUUAAAAAAAUUCGUGCUAGCUGUGUAUUAUAAAAAAAAAAAACUAU